AUGUGUCGAAUUAAAUCAUGGGUAAAGUUAAAUGUUGGAGGAACAGUAUUUUUAACUACCAGAACAACCUUAGAAAGAGAUCCUCAGUCGUUUCUAAACAGACUAGUCCAAGAUGAUGAGGAUAAUGGUUUGAACACAGAUAAGGAUGAGAAUGGAGCGUAUUUAAUAGACAGAGAUCCAACAUAUUUUGGUCCAGUUUUAAAUUAUUUACGACAUGGUAAACUAGUGUUAAAUAAAGAUCUAGCUGAAGAAGGUGUAUUGGAAGAGGCUGAAUUUUACAACAUAAGGGAUCUAAUUAAACUGAUUAAAGCUAGAAUAGCUGAUAGAAAUGCUAGACAAAGUCAGGCCUAUAUGAAGAAUGUAUAUAGAGUGUUACAAUGUUCAGAAGAAGAAUUAACGCAAAUGGUUUCCACAAUGUCAGACGGCUGGAAGUUUGAACAGUUAAUAAAUAUAGGAUCUCAAUAUAACUAUGGUUCAGAAGAUCAUGCAGAAUUUCUAUGUGUUGUAUCUAAAGAAUGUCCUAGUAUAGUGAAUGGGCAAGAAAAUGAACCAUCAGAUAGGGCAAAGGUGUUACAACAGAAAGGAUCUAGAAUGUGA